AGCCAGUCUACAUACUCUAGAAUCCAAAUUUUCUAAUCAAAUCUUUAAUUUUGAACAAAAAAAUGGCCGAUGAUCCACAGGAAGUAGCUGAGCACGAGCGAAUAUUCGAGCGAUUUGAUGCAAAUGGCGAUGGCAAAAUCUCAUCCUCGGAGCUUGGAGAAACUCUGAAGACACUUGGAUCAAUUACUCCCGAAGAAAUUCAGCGCAUGAUGGCUGAAAUUGAUACCGAUGGUGAUGGUUUCAUUUCAUACGAGGAAUUUACAGAUUUUGCAAGGGCUAAUAAGGGAUUAGUCAAGGAUGUCGCCAAGAUAUUCUAACUUCGUUUCAGUAAAUCUCAUCUGUGUUUUCACUUAUUUUCAAUUUCAAUUUGAGUAAUCUGUCCAUGUUCAUAUGGCUU